AUGCUGCUCACCUGGUGCGGGCUCAUGAUCUUCGGCGCGGCGCGGUGCUUUUUGGAGAGGAAAACUCUCACGCCGAAGCCUCAAGCCGUCGGCGUUUCCGCGUCUUCGCCGUCUCGCUCGCGCGUCACGGCUAAAACUCCCAGGCGCGAGAUCUCUAUCGCGCGCAUCGGCGCUUUGUUCGACCACGCGUUCCAGCUGCCGCUCUGGCUCCUCUGCGCGUGCUGCGCGCUCUUCGGCGACGUCAAGAUGCUGCGCUGCGCGCUCGCGACGACGGCGCUGGCCAUGACCGUCGGCGGCUACUGGGGCCUCGAGGCAUUCUACGCGGAGACGUGCGCCAAGCACGGCGCGUGCCCGACGGACGAGAUCAAGAUGGUCCAGUCCCAGCUCUGCCCGGGCGUCGUCGGCGUCAUGUGCCUGUCGCUCUUCGCCACGCUCUUCGACAAGGAGAAGCCGAAGCAGGCCUAG